AGAUCUCACACUACAAUAAGGGAACAAACCUGGAAGAACCAUCAACCAACUCUAAAAAGAGACAAAGAUAAUCUUUCCCAACAAAUAGAUUAUUAGGUAUUUGAUUUUUAAUCAAACCCUCGUGUGUUCUUCUCACUCUCCCUGCAUUUGUAAACGCAAUUUAAACUUUGACAUCUUAUCCAAGAUUAAUUAACAGAGACAAGUGUUGAGCAAACUCCGCCUUCAAAGCAUCCCUGCUGUAAGCCCUGCUGUAAGCGGUCCAACCGAAGGUGUGUGUGUCAAUCCUGUCAAACUCAGAAAAGAGGUAUCAGCAUUAUUAUUGUAUUAUUUUUCAUUGCAAACAUAAACAGUAAUAUUGUUUACCUUUCUGGAAACAGAUUGUCAUUGAUAGAAACAUUUAUGAGAAAUUAAUACUUUCCCUAGUUAAUAAUUUCCUUUUUGUUUCGUUUCUUUCUCAUUUGAAAUUGGUUGUUAACUUUUCUCUCUUCUUCUCUUACUCAGUUGAGUGACGAAGUCCUCACAUCACGAGUUGAAACCAGCUUUCCAGUGAUAGAAAAUAUUUACAAAAAUAUUUUCUUCCAUUGAAAAAAAAAGCUAUUUCCAUCUGAGAUUUGUUUUAACCUCUCUCUUUUUCUUUCCUUUACCCAGUUGAGUGACGAGAUCCUCACAUCCCUAGCCUCACUGUGUACACUUAGACCAACAUUUAGUCAUCACGACACUUCACUAUUGGUGCACACUUACUGAAACUACACUCAGCCGUGCAACCACAUAUAGGCUUAUACCACACAGAUCUGUGUCAGUCUCUUCACCGAGCGUGCCAACAUGUCGUGGACGACAAACCCCACUGCCCAACGGGAAGACAUGGACGCCUGGCUCAGAGGCAUUACAGACUGCCUCACACCAAAGACAAUUGAACUGUUAUUAUUCUUAAUAAUAAUCAUAAUUCUGAGAAGAUUCCUGACACAUGAUUCAAGCCAAAACCAAAGCCAUGUGGAACUAACCAAAAUAACCUGUUCCUUAAGCAAUGCCUUCACAGCCCAGCUAAACCUAAGCCACCAGCACGUCACCCACCUUCAGGAGGAGCUGACACGUGCCCAAAGCCGCAUAGACAAGCUGGAAGUGAAAGUCCAGGACGACCUCAAGACCACCGGGUUCCUGAGAGAGCUGAUGCACACUCAACACUGCAAAGACCAGCUCAAAGCGUCCGACGAAGCGGAGCAAGAAACAAAGACCCAAGUUGACAAGCUCCAAGAAGCCCUUGCAGUCACUGAACGUGACAAACAAGAGUUAAAGACUGUCCAGAAGCACCUGGAAAACCAACUCCAGUCUGCUGAACAUCAGCUAGAGAAAGCCAAAGCUGACAUUGAAAGUAAGAACUCUAAACUCACUGCUCUGGAAGACCACCUGCAAAGGUGCAGCGUUGAAAUUGACCAUCUGACCCAACAGCGAGACGACGCCAACGACGAGCUCUACGCGGUCAGAAAUGAACUCCAACAUGUCUUUACACAGAAACCAGAGCCAAGAAGGGAGAGACCUCCCUCAGCAUCAUCACUGCUGAGCAGAACAGAGUCCUCCAUCCAAGAACUGUCAUCCUACGGAAGAAGUGAAUGGCCACACCCCAAAACGUCACCGGCCUUCACCACAGAACUCUUCCCUGCCAACCAACAAAGAGAGAUCAUCCAGCCAGACUCCAAAGCUGCAACUGGAAUGACCUUCAAAGAUCUCAACCAGCUGGCUAAGAACAUCACCCAGUUCGACCCGAACUCCACGGAGGGCCACUGCAUCCAGGCCUACCUCCAAGAUAUCGACUUCCUCCUAGAGGUGAGACCACAUAUGACUGACAGAGACAUUUUAUACCUCCUCAGAUCCACAUCCAGUCAAGAGGUACGAAGCGUCCUAGACCGACAACCUGCUCAUGUCAAGUCAAACUACCAGCUGCUACGUGAGAUCCUGAUUAAAGAAUUUACAAGUCCAGAGUCAGAACAUGGUGUGUUAGUCGCCUUGGAAACCAAACAAGGUCGUCAAGAGACUCCCCAAGCCUAUUAUCACCGUUUCCGACAAGCCUACUUCGGUGCACAUAGCAAACCUGAAUCUGAAGAGGAUCUGAACUUCAAAACCCUCUUCCUGAGAAACCUGCAUCCAGGACUGAGUCGUCAUCUCGGCAUCAUGGCCUGCCCAGUCACCAUGACGCUUCAACAGCUACGUGACCUGACACACAAGGCCUACAUCAAACAAAAGAUGACUUCAAAGAAAGGUUUGAAAACAUCCACAGUGUCAAACUCCAGCAGCCAAGACACAAGCCUUGCACUGGAAGACACCCAGUGGCAUGACAACGCCACAGUCCUUCAUCAGGAGCACAGAGAUGCUACUCCCAUGCCGACGACAGCUACCACUCCAACCACGUGGAAAAGUCAUGGGACCCACCAGAAGGAAACAACUGGAAUCAACGAGUGCAUCCAAAAGCAUUCUAUGUGGGUAAGCGACAACGAAACCCACCUCCACACCACACUGAGUGUGUCCAAGAACACGACAGUCUCCCCUCAGAAGACAAGGAGCAACUACUGA